AUGCGAUACUUAAACCAUUCGGAGAACCCGAAUUGUUGCGCGACAGUCAUCGACGUGGAUGGGGUUCAUCGAAUCGUCCUCGUGACAACAAAAAGUGUAGCAAUUGCAGAGGAACUAUUUUUAAACUAUGGGGAGUCCUACUGGACAAACCAUUCUCAUGCUUGA